AACAGAAUUUCGAUUGUAACAUAACCAAGAAAAUUAGAGUAUCUUCGUACAGUGGCAGAUUCGAGUGUACUUAGGUAAUGUGAUUGUUAUACGUUUCUGUUAUUAAGAUAUUAAGAAAGUUGUAGAAGGAAUAUUUCAAGUAAUCAAAAUAUGUAUAUCUCAACAUUUUUACAUAUAUUUCUACUUGGUUUAACGGUAGUUAUUAUUAAUGCAGAAUUUUCUGCAGAUGAUUGUAAAAAAUUAGGUUUUAAUAAGGCUAACCUAUUGUGUUCAACAUGUGAUAAAUUCAACAAAUAUAAUGUGCCAGAAAUCUAUGACAAAUGCAAGGAAUGUUGUUUGAAGGACGAUGAUUAUGAUGUAUCUGGCUUUAAACGAUAUCCAAAAGCAAUUCUUAAGGUUUGCACAUGUAAAUUUGGUGCAUAUCCUCAAAUACAAGCAUUUAUAAAAAGUGAUAGACCAAAUAAAUACAAAAAUUUGCAAAUAAGAUAUGUAAGAGGAUUAGAUCCAAUUAUUAAAUUGCUGGAUGCUGACAAUAAAGUAGAAGAUAUUCUUGAUAUACAUAAAUGGGAUACAGAUUCAAUCGAUGAAUUUUUAGCAACACAUCUUUCUACUGAUUAGAAUAAGAAUAUGCAUAAAAUAAGGAAUUAAUUUUUACGUAUAACAGAACACUACUUGCGAUAUUUGUAUAUUUUACAUCCAAUAAUUUCUAUGUAUAAGUAUACCAGUUAUGUUAAUGCGUUCUUUCUUUUUUUCUUUGAUACGAAUCAAAGAUAAAACAACGAAAAAUUAAUAAGAGUAUUUUUACAUUCAAACAAGCCAAAUUGCAGAUAUUAUAAUACAAUAUAUAUGUUAAACAAAUGAAAGAAGUAAAAAAAAAAAAAAAUAGAAAGAUAGAAGAUUGCGUGAUCGUGUAUAUUCAAAUAAUAUUCCUACGUUAUUUAUGAGUUUUUUAACGGAACGAACGUUUGAAUGAUAAAAAACUACAGUACGGUAUUCGUAACUGUUGAGUUCAUAGUUUUUACAAGUUAUUGAUGCGUAACAUUUAAAAAAUAAGAGGAAUAAAUAAAUUUUAAGAACAAUCAUUUUUCGAUGAAAUUACAGACUGUUUUAUUCUCUAGAUUAGCGUUAUAGAUGAUAUCUAAGAUCAAUUUGACAAUCGACGUAUCAUUUUGAUAAGUAAAAGCUUUGUAUGUAAAGAAAUUUUUUUGUACUAUAAAGUAAAGAUUAGUAGUAAAGAAAUGAUACGAAAAAUGCAUUGCGUUGUAAUUGUAAUUGCAUGUAAUUGUAAAUUUUAAUUUAUUUUGGAGAAAAUGGAAUUUGGAAAGAUGUAAUGCUAUUAUUUUAUAGAUAUAAAUUUGACACGAAGUGGU